UUUAACAUUUGAAUUACAAACUGUUAGGGCUAUAAAGAUUUUCUUGGCCGAUACUGAUAGCUGAUGAUUAACCAGCCAUAUCAGCCAAUGCUAAUCCAAUAACUGAUAUUUAGAAACAGUGCAAGGCAUUUUAAAUUACUGACAUAAAUAAACCUUUUUUGGUUUGUUUUACAUUGAAUACACAAAUGUGCCUCUUGCCUGCUCCAGCCCUCAACAAGGAAGGGGGUGACCACCUUAGUCCUGUGCACAUCUCCCCCUCGCCCACAGCUCCUACCCACAGCCCCACUCAGCCCAUGCUGCCAUCCUGGGUGGGGUGGACCCUCUUGCAGACAGUGGAGCCAGGUGUGUUUGGAGCCCAGGAGCACGCUGCUGCUUCCAUGCUGGUGGGCCCUGUGCAGCUGAGCUCCUGUGGCCACUGGGGAGAAGCUGCUUUUGCAAAGGCGCCCGGUGCCCAGUGGAGCAGAAUGUCCACGCAGCAUCUUACCCUGCCUGGGUGCGGCCCAUCUCCGUGGCAGCCCCGUUGCUCAGGCCCCUGCUGCACAUGCAGCAUUGCCACACAGUGGCAGGAGGAGCCGGUAAUGGUCCUUUGUUGUUGAGUACGGCACCCUGUGGUCACUCCCCAGAGCCCCCUCUUCCUCCUGCUGCUUGCUGGGACCCAUAGUCUGCCAUGGGCCUGGGCCAGCAGCAGGGUGCAGGGACUGGGCUACACUUGCCAGGGUGCUCCAGGCACGUGGCCAUAAUUAUCAGCUGCCAUAAAAAAAGACAGUAGCAUCAUUCCUCCUUUUAUUGGUGCCAGUCUUAUAGCCAACUGAUAUAUCAGCACACCCCUACAAACUGUGCACUGAGCAUUUGAAGAAUGUUUCCACUAGGUUAUGUGAAUGUGCCUGAGGACACUACACCUUUACUUCCUAGUCUGAGGGUUUUCCGAGCCAAAACGACAUGGGCAUCCCAAAACCUUUCUAGUUUCAAGUUGUUGGACUUGAACCUGCCCACGGUAUGAAGACUAGAAAGAGUUAAGGAAAGAGAUUUUAAAAACAGUAAAUAGACAAGUCUCUCACAGGUGUUCAAAAGAGAUGGAGGAUAUUCCAGUCUUCUGUAGAACGGUUUUCUGUACAUGUGUUUGGGCAGGUUAAAUUGCAUUCUAUCAGAGACCAGUUAUAGUACAAUUCUGGUAUUUCUUUCUUCCUUGGUAUGAAUCUACAGACCUAUCUGUCUCCUCAUAGGCUUUUAACUUCCAGUGUGUACAUAAUUCCCACUUAUAUGAAAUAUGGGUGUCUAUUUAACAUUGCCUUAAUGUAGAAAUCUUUCAUAGUAAUAUAAUUAGUGGUAGGAAUACUGUGGAAUCAGCUAGGAAGCAGAGAACUACCAAACGCACAGUGUAGUUUUGUACAUAGCAACAUGAGGCUAACUUUUCCUGGAAACAUAAGCAAGGCACAAACAGAACAGCAAGUUUAGAUCAAUACAGGUCCAUUGGCUUGACAGUGUAGAGAGGGGGUGAGAAUCUCCUGUAAAACUGUGUUCUGUAUCCCUUCCUGAGAGAACGUAGAACUAGAGCAUCCGGAGAAAUGGUGUGUCUGCACUGCAGAGAGAAUAGGAGAAGAUUUCCUGUCUCCUGGUUAGAGUUCCCUGCUUUUUAGGGCUGAAAUCAGAAAGGGGAUGUGAAAAUCCCGCUCUGUCUCUGGCAUCAACUAUCACUUUUGUCACUUUGAGACUGUGACCUGACACAGAGGAAGUAGAUAAGCUGUGUAAGCAGAGAAAGCCGUAUGAUGCGGGAUCUAAUCCACCUCUCACAUACACAUUUAGAACGAUAAGAAAAAGUGGUGAAUUCCUUAAAUGACCUGUUCUCUUCCCUGCUUUGGCAAUGUGACCAGAUAAACUUUAACAUUAGUGGCACACAUGGCACUACUUGCAAGAACUACAUAUUGCCCAUAGGAUCCUGCUCAGUGGGGUCCUCUAGGCUCCAAGAUAGUAGGCUGCCUUUAACAGUAUAUAGGGGCUAGAUGUCAUUUAGCCAAGUAAUCAUAAAAAUGGUCUUUAACUAUUUUGUUGUUUCCCAUUAGAUCCUUCAGUCUGGUUCUGUUUAGCUUUCAAGACACUUCAAUGUGCUUGUUAAUUGUUUUCCACUUUAUUCCACUGAUUAUAAAAGAUUGCUCUUGUAGAAAGCGUUUUGGAGAAAAGCAUUCAUCAUAGGUUUCACUGUCAGUGAUCAAUAUAACAUUCUUGCGUCAUAGUCCUGGAAUAAGUGCUAAGAACAACUAACAACCCUAAAGAAUGAGUUCAGUCCUUUACAAACCCCAAAACAAAGUAAUCGUAAUUUUGAAAUAUAUUCAUUAAGACAAACUGCACAAAAAAUCCAAACAUGGGUAAUUUAGAAUUAAGGCAUUUUGUCAUGGAAUAAAAUGUUUUCUCAUUGAAGUGGGAUAUGAAUGAAGAACAUGGUAGUUGGCACAGCUAGCAUGCAACACACAUUAGGGGUUAAGAAUUAUGAAUCGAUUAGGGUUGGGGGGACAGCAGGACCAAAACAGUGAUAAGACCAGUAUCAUUGAAAUAACAGAUGUCUCAAAGAAAUACUAUAGGUAUAGAGUCUACUGUAAUAACUAAGGUGACAUUGCGAAGGAUUUGGACAGCAAGGCCAAGCAAGUAGCCUGUUGCCUUUGAAGUUUUAAGAUAUUCACUAUUCUGUCUACACCAUCUCUUGACUGUUUUUUCCCCCCCUUUCUUAGGUUGUUGCUGACAAUCAGAAAUUCCCUCUUAAAGCUGUGUAAAUGAGAAUGUCCCUGGCUCAGAGAGUGCUGCUGACAUGGCUUUUCACGUUACUCUUCUUGAUCAUGUUAGUGUUAAAACUGGAUGAGAAAGCACCGUGGAACUGGUUUCUUAUAUUUAUUCCAGUCUGGAUUUUUGAUACUAUUCUUCUAGUUAUGUUAAUUGUAAAAAUGGCUGGACGUUGCAAGUCUGGCUACGACCCACGCAAUGGCUCCCAGAACAUUAAGAAAAAAGCCUGGUAUGUCAUUGCAAUGCUGCUUAAAUUAGCCUUCUGCCUUGCCCUCUGUGCUAAACUGCAACAAUUCACCACCAUGAAACUAGCUUACGUAUUUAUUCCCUUAUGGGCCUUACUUAUCGGGGGCAUGAUUGAGCUUGGAUAUAACAUCUUCUACGUACGAAGAGACUAAGUUGUUACAACUGUUUUUUUCAAGCCUGUCAGUGAAUGUCACCAAGAUUACUGGACCAUCGUAGUUUGCUUCAACCUCAAGUUCCAUACAAAAAACUGCAGCUAAGAUAAUGGUCAUAAGUUGUAGAGUUUAUCUGGACCAGUCGGGGGACAUAAAGUGGAUUUGCUCCAUUUUUUCUAUCACAGCCAUGUUCAUGUAAAUAAAGUUACACUUGACUUCA